CCGGUCUACUGCUGCUUGGGCCACCAACAUUGACAAUGAGCAUGGGCAUGUCAUCAUGUCUAUGCUCACAGCAAGUGAGGGCUGGGGAUUGAUGAAGAUGGCAGAGGGUCUUGUGAGGCGCUACAAGGAUGCUGGAGUGCCACCCCCAGAGAUCCUGUAUGUAGACCGUGACUGCUGUGGGAACUCACACCUACAUAAGAUUUUUGGGGCAUGGCCGGACAUGAACAUAAAGUUGGACGUCUGGCACUUUAUGAGGAGGUUUGCCACCGGAUGCACAACUGACUCACAUGCACUCUACACCAGCUUCAUGGCCCAACUCACCCGCUGCAUCUUUGUGUGGGAUGACAGUGACCUGCAGCGACUCAGGGCAGCCAAGCGGGCGGAGCUAGAGGCAAGCCGCAUGCGUCCCACAGAAGCGGAUGUGACACUCCACAUCACAAAGGCAGAGAUGCAGCUUCACUGCAAGAGGACCAUCCGGGAAACCAGUGAGAUGGAAGUGAUGCUCAGGCAGUUGAUCGAGGCAUAUGAUGGAAAGAGGGGCUGCAACACACUUGGCGUGCCUCUGAUCAACUCUGCAAGGAUGGCGGAAAUCUGGAAGGCCCAGCGCAAGCACAUCCCCUGCCUCCAGGACCCUCCAGGUUUCCAGCUGUAUACGCAGACUGGGACACUGAAGAAGGGCGGUCAUGUGCUCCCAACAUACCGGUGUGCCAGAGGCUCCACUUCACUGGAGAGUUUCCAUUUGCACAUGAACCGCUUCAUCCCAGGAACCCUGGCAAGUGACACCUUUUUCCAGGCGUAUCUGGUUGAUGGUCUUGCCAGGUGGAAUGAAGACAGGACCAUGACAGCAGAGGGGAGAGUAGGGCCACACUCCUACAGUGGCCUUCUUAGGCAUGCUGCCAACCAGCUGUCAGAGGAGGUGCUAGGGAGAAAACUGGUGGAGUACAACCCCCCACGGAAAUACACUGGUAUGCAUGUACUAAAUAAUUAUUGUAUGCAUGUGGUAAAUUACAAUAGAUUUUAGGCAGGCACGUAUUCCUGUCAGUCAACUAUGAAGAUUUUUUUUUGUUGUUUCAGGAGAGCUCAUAGGUAUUGAAUACCUCUACAACCAAAACAAUGCAGUCAUGGAGGACUACAAGUUGGCACUCACAUCACUGGAAACAGAGGACAUCACAGUUGCAGAGGGGGAGCCUUGUGUGGAGAUAUUUGACAUGGAGGAUCUGACUGUUCCCACCAUGGAUACAGUAUGGCCCCCACAACUGUGCACUCCAUCAGCCCCGACUGGCAACAGCACCACACCAUCUACACCCAAGAUAUCACCCACCACUUCAUCUGCACCCACAAUUUCACCCACCACACCAUCUGCACCCACAGCACUGCCUGCUACUGCACCACCAACUGGACCUGUUGCAACUGUACAGAGUGGUAAGUUUUUAUUUAAUUUUUAAAGGUGCCAAUAAUUGUGAUUUAU